AUGUCACUGGUAACGGUGCAACGUUCACCGACACCAAGUGAAAAUGGCAAUUUUGAUCAAACGGAUAUCGAUGCAUCAGAAUGUGGUUCGCCAACACUUAGAGAAUCUGUUCCAAGUACGGAAUGUUAUUUUUACGUGAAAGGUACUGCGGUAAUUUUAUUGCAACCCGAUCGUACAAAUGUUGGACAUCAUAAUACUGGUGGUGAAAUUGAAGGACAUUUGCAAGCAAUGCUAAAUAUAUUAUCUCCUCAGGAUAAUCUUACAAUGGCUGUAAGAUUACAGCCAGCUACAAUUGAGGCUGCUAGUGCAAUAAACCAUGCUCGUUAUUUAGCUGUUGUUUCAUCUACACGUCAUCGUGAGGUUAACUUCCAAAAUGUUCGAGAAGUUGUUUUGCUGGGCCUUGAUUGUCUUCCAAAUAAUAAAGUCGCGUAA